GGGGAGUCCGGCCGGUCCCGUUCGGCUGCCACAGCCGCCUCUCCUUGCGGAGAGACAGGGGAGCUCAUGCUGCGGCGACGGGCUGCUGCCGUGAGGGCGGCAGCGUCCCAGGACCAGAGCGGGGAAGAGCCGCCGCUGAGGGGACAGCAGCGCCGGGGACAGACGGGGCACGGGAGCGGCUCUGCGGCAGGGAGGGCAGGGCAGUGCCCGGGGAGGGCCGAGCCCUCCCGGAGCUCAGGCCGCCUCUUCUCUCCCUCCCUGCCCGCCAGCGGAGGGGCAGGCGGCGGCCGGCGGAGCAUGCGCGGAGCGGCGGCGGGGCGGGAUGGUGGCGGCGGCGGGCUGUGGGAGCAGGUGUUCUCCCUCUGGUUUCCUAUGUCCUAUAACCAGGAAGACUUCUUCAAAGAAUACCUCAAGAUGAUGGCGAAUAUUGUCGUCCUUAACUUGAUCAUUUGUAUUUCCCUGGCGUUCUGGAUCGUGUCCAUGACGGCAAAUACGUACUACGGUAGUUUACAACCCAUUUCUCCAUGGCGCUGGCUUUUUUCAGUCUUGAUUCCACUGGUGAUUGCUACACAGGGUUUAAAGAAGAAGAGUCUUGAUCACAGUGGUGCAUUGGGAGGACUGGUGGUUGGAUUUAUCCUUACAGUUGCAAAUUACAGUUUCUUCACGUCCUUGUUUGUAUUUUUUGUUACUUCUUCAAAACUUACUAAAUGGAAAAAAGAUAUAAAGAAGCAAAUAGAUUCAGAGUACAGAGAAGGUGGACAGAGGAAUUGGGUGCAAGUAUUCUGUAACGGUGGUGUUCCUACUGAGCUGGCUCUCUUAUAUAUGAUCGAAAAUGGACCGGGCGAAAUUCCUAUCGACUUUUCAAAGCAAUACACAGCAUCAUGGAUGUGCUUAUCCCUUCUGGGAGCUUUGGCAUGCUCUGCUGGUGAUACGUGGGCUUCAGAGAUUGGUAGUGUUAUGAGCAAAAGCAAGCCAAGGUUGAUAACAACCUGGGAAAAGGUUCCAGUAGGUACUAAUGGAGCAGUUAGUUUCGUGGGCCUGCUUUCAAGUUUGCUUGGUGGCAUGGCAGUAGGUGUAGCCUACUUCAUAACACAGCUCAUUUUCGUGACUGAUCUGGAAAUAUCUGCUCCACAAUGGCCCAUUAUUGUGUUUGGUGCUGCAGCUGGCUUGCUGGGAUCAAUUGUGGAUUCAUAUUUGGGAGCUACGAUGCAAUACAGCGGUUUUGACCGGAAUAUUGGCAUGGUUGUCAACCACCAAACAAAAGACUCCAAGCACAUAUGUGGAAAACCUAUAUUAGACAACAACACAGUAAAUCUUUUUUCUUCUAUAAUCAUAGCUUUGGUGCUUCCAAGCAUGGCAUGGUUUUUCUGGCCCAGGCGUUGAAAUGGUUUAAGGUUUUCUGCAUGUGAUCCAGUCUUACUCAAAGACUCCGAAAAGUUUUCUUUGAACUCCCUUGAAGAGAGGGAUCUGAAACUUUCAGAGAGCCAAAGGACUUUCCAUCUCAGCUUCUGAAGGCUGUAAGCUUCAUAUGGCAGUUGGCAUCUGCCAUGGCAAGGAAGGGGUCUUGUCAAUAUGCUCUUGCUGCUCUUUAAAGGGAUGUAGAUCAUUGCCAAGGGAGGUGAAGCACUUCAUUUAUCCUCGUGGAGCUGAAAGGUUCUUCCCAGUCCCCAGCAUCUGGAAGGGCAAGAAGCUGGAAAUAGAAAUCUAAUCUGCAUCAAUCAGUGUGAUGGAGCAUUGCGGCUAUUGUCCAAGCCAGACAUAAAGUGUGCUGCAGCUUUAUGUGGGCAGCGGUGACAUGGGUGAAAUGGGUGAAUUCUGGUAUUUACCAUAAUCUGCGGAAUGUAAGGUUUUAGGGAAAUCAUUGGGGGAGGGGUGGGGGGGUGAGUGAAGAGAGAGGUGAACCUUGUUGCCUAUCUGUAUCCUGAUACUGUCUCCACUUUCCUGAGAAUAGGGCUGGUAAAAGUGAUGCCCCUACAUAAUGUUUGAAGUGAAAGACUAAAUUUAAAAUAAAAACUCAGUAGUUUUUCCAGUAAGAAUAAUAAAUUUGUCUGUGCUUUUUAGACAUGUUUAUUUCAAAACUAAUUAUAUUUAUGAAGAUUGUCAAUACUGUGGUACUUACUAAAUUAUAUAAAAUUAAAGGUUACAGUUGUGAAUUCACAUUCAUCUCUUUAGAAAUAGAAUAAUUUAUUUCUGUCAGCAUAGAAUUGUUCCGUAAUGCUUAGCAUUCUGAGCAAACGAUACUCUUUGGUUCUUUCUCAGCAGUGGAACAGUUUCCAGUUUUGUUUGGGGUUGCUGUCUGGGGAUGAAUGGCCUCAACCAAAGAAGCUACAGAGGUUAUCCUCGUAGUGAAUGCGGAAAGUCUCACUUACAAAGUCUUUCAAACUGGGAAUUUAACUUCUGGUGCUUGGGAUCCUAUGUUAAGCAAUUCCAUGUUCCAUCAUGAAUUUAUAAAAGAGGUGGAAGCAAUUUAGCCAGCACAGUUUGUAUUUAAACCUUAGAGAUGCCCUCAUAGUAACUGACACUGUCAACAUUCAGAAGGUGGAGCCCAUACUCUUAACUUAUAAAGCUUUUUCUGUUUAUCUUUAGAGAUUGGUGAGUAUUUUGUAUUGAGCAUCUGAUUAUUUUUUUUACAAAUGUCUUGUGUAUGUUGCCUGUUUUAAUUCAUUUGAAUUGUGUAUUGUGGCACCUUGUAUGCGAGUAUUCAAAAAUUUUAAAACCUUCCAUAUUGAGUUUACUCUUUUGAAAUCUAGUCUUUAUAAAUCUGGAAUUUAUCAGUGGAAGCAGUUUACUGUAUUAUCCAGUUAUAAAGAUGAGAUUUCAAACUAGUAAAAGCUUCUGAAACGAAUGAAUUGUGUGGCUGCUGUUUGUCUGUUCCUGUGGCAAGGCACAAAAUUAUAAAAGGAAUAUAUGCACUAAAACUGUAACAAUAAACAUUUGAGAUUCUUAUGCGUUGUUUGAA